UGUCGCUCGCCUUGCCUCUGCAGGAUGAGGGCCCUGGUUGUCGCCGUACUCGUCGCAGUUGUCGCGCCUGCGCUUCCUGCCCCUGCCAAACUCCCACAUUAUAUGAAGCCAUGCCGAAAAAAUGACCCAAAGCUGAACGAGUGUGCGCUCAAGCAUGGCAAGGAGGCGCUUCCAUUUAUUAUACAAGGCGACCCAAAGUACGGCAUCCCCAAGCUCGACCCCCUGGUCAUAGACAGGAUCGUGGUGGGGGACAGCAAGAGGCAAGGCAGCGGAGGUCUGGGGUUGGUCUUCACAUGUGAGAAGUGCAAGUUCCACGGCCUUAAGGGUGUGCAGGCGAAGGCCGUCAGGGUUGACUUGAAGAAGCAGCACAUAGAGUUGGAAGGCUCAGUACCCAAGCUGGACAUCAAGGGCAAGUACACGGCUAAGGGUAGAGUGCUAGUCUUGCCCAUCGAGGGUGCUGGUGACGCUGACCUCACGUUGCGCAACCUCAGCAUAGUAUACAGGACUGACUACGAUCUCAAGAAGGGUAAAGAUGGCAAGGACCACGCCAGAGUCAAGAACCCCAAAAUUGACUUCAAAGCGGGCGGCUUUCACAUCAAGCUGACCAACCUGUUUAAGGGAGACGAAAAUCUAGGUAACAACAUGAACAACUUCCUCAACGAGAAUUGGCGGGAAGUAAUGGCAGAGUUUGGACCAGCUGUUGUGGAAGCAGUGUCCAGGAUAGUGACGUUGGUGGUCAACAACAUCGCCGAGAAAGUCGCCUAUGACGACAUACUCAUCAAGUAGACCAAAAGACCGCACAAUAUGUCAUUGAAUACUUGCCAUACGUAGACAUCUGGGAUGAAAAUGAAGAGUUGUACAAUAAAAAAUAGUAGCAACUUCAUUCAGUCUCGCUCUCUGAGACAAAUUUCUUCUGUAAAUAAACUUAGUGUUGGUGCAAAUGUGAAGGACAUGUGGUUUAAAAACAGCUAAUUCGUCUUAGAAUUUUCACGAAUUAUUUUAAAGGUUACAAAAACUGUUUUGAUUAUUUGAUCGUAUACAUCAUAACAAAAUGCAAUGUGAAUAAAAUUAACAAUUAUUUCUAAACUGUAAUUUUAUAACAAGAUAGAUGUAUAAUGCAUUUCAAAAUUCUGUUUCAAAAUGUUCAUAAAUUUUACAAAAUUUGAAAUGUGUAUAGAAAUUUUCAAAUUUUUAAGAAAUUUUGGUUCUAAUCAUAUAACGAUUUCGGUGAUACCACAGAUCCCAUAGAUUACCAUAGAUACCUUAAGACGUGGAAAAUAGUUUUAAGCUAUAACAUAAGUCAUAUUUUUAGAUUUUAAUUUGUUAUUGUUACGUAAUAAAUUAUUGUCAUUCGUA